AUGUUAUGGGAACCUUGGUAUUUGGAUGAGACCGAAAUACUUUCAACGGUAGAGAAUCUCCAGCAAUACGAAAGUGAACCCCUCCUCAAUCGUAUUGUCCACAAGAUGAUUCAACUCAAGACAAUGCUUAAUUGCAUCGACAAUUCUGGCGCUGCUGUGGUAGAAUGUGUCAAGGUCAUGAAAAUGAAGAGGCAUGCAAAGAUUGGAGAACGCAUUAUUGUAGUAGUACAGAAGCAACGAAACUUCUCGGAAACAGGACCAGGUGCAACUGUUUCUACAUCGGCGGCGAAUAAGGUUAGAAGAGGAGAUGUUAGACAUGCGGUUGUAGUCAGGACGGUCAAGAAAUUACAGAGACCAGAUGGGAGUGUUGUCAAAUUCGAUGACAAUGCUUGCGUCUUGAUAAAUAAGACGGGAGAGCCCAUUGGAACAAGAUUGAAUGGUUAG